CAGUUCACAGUCGGAGACUUGUAUGAUGCUUUUGAUUUUGAUGGGCAUCGCACCUCCCACCCCAUCUACGUUCCUGUCAGUACCCCGGUACAGAUCGGCGAAAUAUUCGACCGGAUAUCUUACUCAAAGGGAGGUUCAGUUAUCCGUAUGAUGCGACAUUUCCUGGGAGGAGACACCUUUGAUACCGCACUCACGACAUACCUCAACGACUUAAAAUACGGUGUUGCAGAACAUAACAUUUUGUUCAACAAGAUGAACGAGCAAGCAACAAAGGAUGGAAAAAAAUUGCCAUUCACCGUAAAAGAAAUCAUGGACACGUGGAUCCUACAGAUGAAUUAUCCCGUUGUUAUGGUAACAAGGUCUGAAGGCGGGAAACUCAAAAUGGAGCAAAAGCGUUUCCUGAUGGACAAACAUUCCACUGUACCUGACAAAUACAACUCAACAUUUGGAUAUAUUUGGAAAAUCCCAUUUUCAUACACAUCAAGUAAAGAAUUUGAUUUCGACAAGGACGGGACCAGUAUUACAUGGUUAGAUGGCAAAACUAAAGAUAUAACGGACCCAAGAUUGCCCAGCCCCUCAGACAAAGACAGCUGGGUAAUAGGAAACCUACAACAAUACGGCGUCUACAGGGUUACUUAUGAGGACAAUAACUGGAGAGCACUCGUCAAACAACUCAAGACAGAUCACAAGGCGAUAUCCACCAUCAACAGAGGGCAGAUUAUUGACGACGCCUGGAAUCUGGCAAGAUCUGAUCAGCUAAACAUUGAGAUACCUCUAGAAGCUCUCGAAUAUCUGAAUCAGGAAAUGGAGUACGUCGUCUGGGUGACAGCAAAGCAACAACUUAAGUUUUUGGAUACGAUGUUGUCAAAGACGGACGCAUAUGGUCAAUUUCAGAGCUUCAUGAAAAAGAAAGUGACACAACCGUACGAAAAGAUCAAGCUACACAAACCAGACUCAACGCACAUGGAAUCCUUGUUUAGGUCUCAGAUCGUAGCCACAGCAUGUAGCUAUGGGGUGGAGGCAUGCGUGGAAGACUCGAAGAGUUUAUACCAGACGUGGAUGGACGACCCUGAUAAUAACCCUAUUCCCCCUGAUGUCCAGGAAUCCGUUUACUGUACAGCAAUAGCAGACGGAGGCUGGGAACCUUGGAACUUUGCUCUAGAACAACUGACAAAGACCAUUGAUGUAGCUCAGAUAGCGUUGAUACAAAGAACGUUGGCAUGUUCCAGGGAACCAUGGAUACUGAGACUCUACCUGAACAUGGCGUUGAAUUCCACUUAUGUACGGAGUCAGGACACAUUGACUGUAAUAAUACACGUGUCGGACAACCAGAUAGGUAACUCUAUGGCCUGGGAGUUCAUGGUGGAGAACUGGAAAUAUCUCAGAGCCAGUUUUGGUGGAGCGUGGUUUUCAUUCGACAAACUCGUUACAUCGUUAACAAAGUCAUUCAAUACUGAAACCGAGCUUAAAAAGCUCAGGACGUUUAUUGACACUCACCCCGAUCUUGGGACGGGAUCAACGGCCUUCUCACAAGCUGUCGAAAACACCAAAAACCAGCAAAAGUUUAUGGAAAAAAAUUUCAACACAAUAAAAGCAUGGCUGCAGAGAGUAUCCACUUCAAUAGAACCAGUUAUUGUUAAAGACGUACGUCUGCCUCGUAGUGUCAUACCGAAACAUUACGAACUCGAACUCAAACCCGAUAUGUACGGCGUCGAUCCGUCCACUUUUCGUUUCUACGGCAACGUUAAAAUCCACGUGGAUUGUACUGUAUCCACUGACAACAUCACGCUCCACAUCAACAAGCUGAAAAUAAAGGAGACAAGCGUGAAGGUGACUGAGGAGGGACAGGGACAGAGAAGUAUAAGUGUCUCCAGGAUAGGUUAUGACGAAGAAAGACAAUUUUUGAUUGUCUAUACAAACCUUACGGCAAGCACGAAAUAUGUUCUAUCGAUGGAUUUCGAUGGACCACUUAAAGAUGACAUGACUGGACUCUAUCUUAGUUCUUACACCAGAGGAAAUAAGACCAUCUACCUGGCUACAACACAGAUGGAACCCACUGACGCUAGGAAGGCGUUCCCCUGUUUUGACGAACCUGCCAUGAAAGCAACAUUCCAAGUGACAUUGUUACGAAAACCCCAUCUGAUGUCCUUAUCAAACAUGCCCAAGCAAAGUACAGAGAAUAGAACCAACGGAUUUCUGGCUGAUCGCUAUAAAACUUCCAGAAAGAUGUCUACAUAUUUACUUGCCUUCGUCAUCAGUGAUUUCGUGGGGAAAACGGCACCUACGAAACAUAAUAUCACGUACGGAGCGUGGGCCCGGCCUGAAUCUGUUAGUCAGAUCGACAUGGCAUUGGAGACCGGGAAAGAAACACUGACAUUUUACGAGGAUUUCUUUGGAAUAGCGUUUCCUUUGCCUAAACAAGACAUGAUCGCUAUACCGGACUUUGCGGCGGGCGCUAUGGAGAACUGGGGACUUAUUACAUACCGAGAGAAUUCGAUGUUAUACAAGAAAGGUGUGUCUUCUACCUCAGACAAACAGUGGACAACGGAAACCAUUACACACGAACUCGCACAUCAGUGGUUUGGUGACCUUGUGACUAUGAAUUGGUGGGAUGACCUCUGGUUAAACGAGGGUUUCGCUACGUUCGUCCAACAUCUUGGCGCAGAUCACAUGCAUCCCGAUUGGAAAAUGUUUGACCAGUUCGUGGUUAAAGAACUCCAGGAUUCCAUGGAUUUCGAUGGUCUGAUAUCCUCCCACCCGAUGUACGCCCCCGUGAAAAACCCAGCGCAGAUCAACGAAAUCUUCGAUAAAAUUUCAUACUCAAAGGGAGCCAGCAUCAUUCGUAUGAUGAGAUUUUUCAUUGGAGACGAUACGUUUAAACGAGGAAUAAAGAAAUACCUCGAACGCGCGUCUUACGCUAAUGCGGUUCACGAGGACCUCUGGUACGCUAUGGGGAACCAAACUUUGUUGGAUGGUCAUCCGGUGGAUGUUAAAGCUAUAAUGGAUACCUGGACUCUACAAAUGAACUUCCCCGUGGUCAGUAUGACCCGGAUAGGUGGUGGAAAGGUCAAGGUCACACAAAAGCGCUACCUACGAAACCCAGAUGCCAAGGAUCCUGGUCGCUUUACAUCAAAAUACGGGUACAGGUGGAUCAUUCCCCUCACACUAACAACUAGUAAUAAUCCUAACUUUGACACGACACCAUCAGACGUAAUCCUGUUUGGUGGAAACGAACAAGAGAUGUCGCUAGACUCUACACUGCCAGAUAACGGAUGGGUUCUGGCUAACGUGAUGCAGUACGGUUACUAUCGGGUCAAUUACGAUACACAGAACUGGAGGUCUCUUAUCGAACAACUCAAGACCGAUCACACGGUUAUCCACGUCACCAACAGAGCCCAAAUUAUCAACGAUGCCUGGGCACUAGCAAAAUCUGGCGACCUAGAUCUAACUAUUGCUCUUGACACCAUGGAGUAUCUCGGUAACGAACUGGAUUACGUCCCCUGGUCAGCAGCUAUAGGCGAACUCUCCUAUGUGGAGGAGAUGCUGGUUCGAACUCCACUGUACGGACAGUUUAAGAAAUUCAUGCACAAAAUCAUAGAGAAACCAUUUAUGAAACUGGGACUGGACAACACAAAUUCAGGGCAUAUGGAAAGCAAGGCGCGGUCUAUUAUCGUGUCGAUAGCUUGUGGUAACGAGGUGACGGACUGCCAAGAGGAGGCGAGUCAAAGGUUCCAGGACUGGAAGGACCGACCCGAUAUAAAUAUGAUUGACCCGGACGUGAAGAGGUCCGUGCUGUGUGGUGGUAUUAGUGAGGGCGGGGCUGACGAAUGGGACUUCCUUUACUCGCAGUACAAACAGUCCAUCGUGGCCAAUGAACGGAUUAUGAUGUUGUAUGCCCUCGGAUGUAGUCAGCAGCCCUGGAUUCUUAGCAGAUACCUGGCAAUGUCCUUAGAGCCUAAUGAGGUACGUAAGCAAGACGCUGAUUACGUCAUAAGAUACGUCAGUGGAAAUCCAAUUGGAAGAGAUCUUACUUGGAGUUUCAUGCAAGAAAAUUGGUCGAUAUUUAUGGAAAGAUACGGAUCUGGGACGUUUUCAUUUAGCCACAUGAUCAGCGCAGCACUAGCGUCCUUUAAUACAGACCUGGACCUAGAACAGAUAAAAACGUUCCAGUCGGCACACCCAGAUAUGGGGUCCGGCACGCGAGCGUUUGAACAGUCAAUAGAGAAAACGGAGGGCAAUGUCCGCUGGAUGAAGCGCAACUAUGAUAUCCUGAAAUCCUGGCUGGGCAAAGUGAUAGGCACAGGAACGAAGACUUCUGUCCAGGACGUCCGACUCCCGAGAUCAGUAUUACCAUCGUUAUACGAACUGGAAAUCUUCCCCGACUUUUACAAACCGGAUCCAAAAGAUUUCACCUUCAAUGGCACCGUAAAAAUUCAUAUUUCGUGUAUGGAAGCCACAAAAAACAUAACAUUGCAUAUCAAUAAGCUAACCGUGGAUGAGAGCAAUAUAAAAUUAGAGGCGGUCUCCGGAGAUGCUGUUCCGGCUAUUGUUAAAGUAACCCACGAUGAAGAGAGACAGUUUCUAAUAUUAAACCUGGAGACUGAUCUACUGAGUUUGGUUAAUUAUACGAUCGAGAUGACUUAUGCUGGACCCCUGGCGGAUGAUAUGGUCGGAUUAUAUUAUAGUUCUUAUCAGCGAGGGGGUGAGACAGUAUAUAUGGCAACGACACAGUUGGAACCCACAGACGCCAGAAAGACGUUUCCCUGUUUUGACGAGCCAAACAUGAAGGCGCAAUUCAAACUGACUGUGAUCAGGAAACAGGAACUUAUCUCACUGUCAAACAUGCAGAUACAGACUUCAGAAACACGGCAGCCAGGCUUCAUGGCUGAUCACUAUAAUGUAUCACCGAUCAUGUCCACGUACCUCGUAGCCUUUGUCGUCUGUGACUUUGCUCAUAUAAAUGGUACAACGAAAAAUGGUAUUUAUUAUGGGGCGCUCGCUCCAAAAGAGAUGAUUAACCAGGCGGAGUUCGCACUCGAUGUCGGUAUCGAUACCAUUACUCUAUACGAGGAAUAUUUUGAUAUAAAGUUUCCACUCAAGAAGCAAGAAAUGAUCGCCAUCCCUGAUUUCGCGGCCGGCGCCAUGGAGAACUGGGGACUAAUUACGUACAGGGAGACAGCCAUGUUGUAUGAACCAGGCGUGUCGUCAGAGUCCAACAAACAACGCGUCACCACCGUCAUCACGCACGAGCUCGCUCACCAGUGGUUUGGAAACCUGGUGACCUUGGAUUGGUGGGAUGACCUCUGGCUCAAUGAAGGGUUCGCGACCUUUGUGGAAUACUUUGGAGCCGACCACAAGUUUCCGGACUGGACAUACUUUGAUAUCUUUACUAUCGAGCAAGUGCAACGCGCGUUUGAUUUUGAUGCCCUCGUGACGUCACAUCCGUUGUUUGCUCCGGUAGCUAACCCCGCCCAGAUCAAUGAAGUGUUCGACGCAAUAUCCUACUCAAAGGGCGCUAGUGUGAUCAGGAUGAUGCGGUUCUUUGUCGGGGAAACAUCCUUCCAGCUAGGAAUACAGAGAUAUCUAAAGCAGAGAGAAUACAAAAAUGCCGAUCAUAACGACCUAUGGGCAGCGAUGGAAGAGCAAAUACAAUCUGAAGGACGCAGCCUUGAGGUGAAAAACAUUAUGAACACGUGGAUUCUUCAAAUGAACUACCCCGUCGUGACCCUUAGUAAGGUCAGCAACACAGAGCUGCGGGCCAAUCAGAAGCGCUUUCUUACCAAUCCUAAUGCCACAGACCCGGGCAGAUUUGUCUCCCCUUACAAUUAUACAUGGAGAGUUCCUAUAACAGUGACCUACAAAUCAAACGCCACCUUCAAUCACACGGAUACUUACUGGCAUAACAACAAAGAGGACGUGAUAACACUAAAAACGCCUAUGAAAGAUGGAGACUGGUUCAUAGCUAAUGUUCAGCAGUAUGGAUAUUACAGAGUUAAUUAUGAAGAAAGCAAUUGGGGUUCGUUGACAAAUCAACUAAAAACAGACCACAAGGUAAUUCACACUAUAAACAGAGGACAGCUAAUCAAUGAUGCGUGGAACCUGGCCAAUGCUGGCGAAGUAUCCCUGAAGAUCGCAUUAAAUAUGAUAGAUUAUCUACAAGACGAGAUGGAUUACGUCCCCUGGCAUGCUGCACUUGUCCAGCUGGGCUAUACUGAUUCUAUGCUGAUGAGAACGGAGCUGUAUGGGGAUUAUACAACAGCUAUACGGAAUCUGAUCUCCAAGCCGUUUGAAAGCGUCGGACUUAAUCAGAAGAAAACUGAUGGACAUCUGGAGAGAAUGCUGCGUAUCUCGAUGUCGAGUCAGGCGUGUGGGUACGGGAUAGAGGGGUGUGUUGAGACAGCUACAGACAUGUUCCAAGAGUGGAUGGUCGACUCCGGCAAUAACAAGAUCGACCCUGACGUAAAACAGGCAGUGUACUGUACGGGUAUCGCGAAGGGCGGGGCCCUGGAGUGGGAUUUCCUCUACAGUCAGUACAAGACGAGCAACAACGCCGCCGAGAAGAAGCGCAUCCUCUACUCAUUGUCGUGUUCCAAGGAACCGUGGAUACUCAGCAAAUAUCUCGAAAUGAGUUUGGAUGGGGCAGAGGUCAAAAAGCAGGACGCAGGUUACGUCAUUAGAUACGUGUCUGGUCACUCUAUAGGACGAGACCUAGCCUGGAAUUUUAUCCGAGCAAAGUGGGAUAUUCUACUUACUGAGUUUGGCGGUGGAUCGUUUUCAUUUGCAAACAUAAUUAAAGAUAUAACAAGUUCAUUCAACACUGAAUUCGACUUAGAACAGUUACGAAACUUCAAAGUGGAACACCCAGACAUGGGAUCAGGAACUCGAGCUUACGAGCAAGCUGUGGAAAAGACAGAAACCAACAUCCAGUGGCUAAAACAGAACUUUGAGACGGUGAGGUCGUGGUUACAAGAAAACACUCACAAACAACUGGAAGUAACGGAUGUCAGACUUCCGCGGUCGGUCCUUCCAUAUCUAUACGAACUCGAUAUCUACCCCGACUUCUAUAAAAACGAUCCAAAAGAUUUCGAAUUCACGGGUGAAGUGUCAAUCCAUGUCAGCUGUGUACAGGCUACCAACAAUAUAACGCUACAUAGUCACUCCCUUACCAUUGAUGAAAAUAGUAUCAAGCUGAAUACGGCAGGUGAUACAGCCCCAAAUGUGGUUAAAGUAAGCUAUGACCUUGAGCGACAGUUUCUGAUUCUGGAGUUGGACAGCGACCUUCUGGCUGGAAGGAAUUACUCUUUUGGUAUCAGCUUUAGCGGACGGCUAAAGGACGAUAUGGUGGGGUUAUACUAUAGUUCAUACCAACGAGCUAACAAUACCGUAUACAUGGCCACAACACAGUUGGAACCCACAGAUGCCAGGAAGACGUUUCCCUGUUUUGACGAGCCAAACAUGAAAGCACAAUUCAAAAUAACCGUCACCAGAAAACCUGAAUUUAUCUCCUUAUCAAAUAUGCAGAUCGAAAGAACGGAGACAAAAGCUGGUGACCUUCGAGCCGAUCACUAUAAUGUAUCACCGAUCAUGUCCACCUACCUCGUAGCCUUCGUUGUCUGUGACUUUGCUCAUAUAAAUGGUACAACGAAAAAUGGUAUUUAUUAUGGGGCGCUGGCACCUAAAGAGCUGAUUGACCAGGCGAGGUUCUCCCUUGAAGUUGGUAUUGAUACCAUUACUCUGUACGAGGAGUUCUUCGAUAUCAAGUUUCCGCUUAAGAAGCAAGAAAUGAUCGCCAUCCCUGAUUUCGCGGCCGGCGCCAUGGAGAACUGGGGACUUAUUACGUACAGGGAGACAGCCAUGUUAUAUGAACCAGGCGUGUCAUCAGAGUCCAACAAACAACGCGUCACCACCGUUAUCACGCACGAGCUCGCUCACCAGUGGUUUGGAAACCUGGUGACAUUGGAUUGGUGGGAUGACCUCUGGCUCAAUGAAGGGUUCGCGACCUUUGUGGAAUACUUUGGAGCCGACAAUAAAUUCCCGGACUGGACUUACUUUGAUAUCUUUACCAUUGAACAAGUCCAGGAUGCAUUUGAUUUCGAUGCUCUUCUGACGUCACAUCCACUUUUUGCAUCAGUAGCAAACCCGGACCAGAUCAAUGAAGUUUUCGACACUAUCUCGUACUCUAAGGGAGCCAGCGUUAUCAGAAUGAUGCGGUUUUUCUGUGGUGACAAAACGUUUCAGCUUGGAAUUCAGAGGUAUUUGAAGCAGAGAGAAUUCAAGAACGCUGAUCACAAUGACCUAUGGGCCGCAAUGGAGGAGCAAAUAAAAAAUGAGAGUCGCGUCCUGGAGGUGAAAAACAUCAUGAAUACGUGGAUCCUACAAAUGAACUACCCUGUUGUGACCCUCAGUAAAGUCAGCAACACUAACAUACGAGCCACCCAGAAACGCUACCUCACUAAUCCUAACGCCGUAGACCCGGGUAGAUUUGUCUCCCCUUACAACUACACUUGGAUGAUUCCAACUACUAUUACCUUCAAAUCUGACGUUAAUUUCAACCAGACAAGUGUGGAUGUAUACUGGCACAACAACAAAGUUGAUGAUAUAACGCUGAGGAAACCCAUGCAAGAUGGUGACUGGUUUUUAGCGAACGUCCAGCAGUUCGGAUUUUACCGAGUGAAUUAUGAUAGCGACAACUGGGUUGCAUUAACGAAUCAACUAAAGACAGAUCACAAGAUUAUUCACACCAUCAACAGAGGACAACUUAUCAAUGAUGCCUGGAAUCUGGCAAAUUCCGGGGAAUUAUCCUUACAAAUCGCUUUGGAUAUGAUUGACUACCUGACGGAAGAACUGGAUUACGUCCCCUGGUAUGCUGCUCUCGCCCAGCUCGGGUAUGCUGAUGAGAUGCUAAUGAGGACAGAGGUGUACGGAGAUUUUACUACAGUUAUUCGAAACCUGAUCGCCAAACCGUUUGAAAGUGUAGGAUUACACAAGAAAGACACUGACGGACAUCUUGAAAGGAUGUUGCGUAUCUCGAUGUCGAGUCAGGCGUGUGGGUACGGUAUCGAAGAAUGUGUGGAGACGGCUACAAACAUGUUCCAAGAAUGGAUGGUCGACCCCGGCAAUAACAAGAUAGACCCUGACGUAAAACAGGCUGUGUACUGUGCGGGUAUCGCGGAGGGCGGGGCACUGGAGUGGGAUUUCCUCUACAGUCAGUACAAGACAAGCAACAACGCCGCCGAGAAGAAACGCAUCCUCUACUCACUGUCGUGUUCCAAGGAACCUUGGAUACUCAGAAAAUAUCUCGACAUGAGUUUGGAUUCAGCCGAGGUCAGAAAACAGGACGCCAGUUAUGUCAUCAUUUACGUGUCCCAUCACUCGAUUGGUCGAGACAUCGCCUGGAACUUUGUUAGGGACAAGUGGGACACUCUAAUGACUGAAUUUGGAGGAGGAUCGUUUUCGUUUGCAAGCCUUAUUUCUGGGGUAACAAGCUCCUUUAAUACCGAGUAUGACUUGCAGCAACUCGUAGAUUUCAAAACUGAAAAUCCAGACAUGGGCUCGGGAACCCGGGCUUAUGAACAGGCCUUAGAAAAGACGGGAUCUAACAUUCAAUGGAUAAAGAAAAACAUGGAGACGAUUCGCUCCUGGCUUGGUGACAAUAAAGGCAACACGCUGUCUAAAGUAUUGACGGACGUCAGACUUCCACGAUCUGUCCUUCCAUCCUCUUACGAGCUCCAGAUGUUCCCUAACUUUUAUGAAGCAGACCCGGCGCAAUUCACCUUCAACGGUAACAUAACUAUGUAUGUGAGGUGUGUGGAGCGGACAAACAAUAUCACACUGCACGCGGUGAACUUAGACAUUGAUGAACAGACUAUUCGACUUGCUGACAAAACUGGUGGUGAAGUAACUGUGUCGAAAGUAUCUCAGGACAACGACAGACAAUUCGUCAUUUUACAUCUGUCGGGGUAUUUGACUGCUGGUCGGAACUAUACGCUGAGUAUGUCGUUUAGUGGACAAUUAGGAGACAACAUGGUUGGAAUGUACUAUAGUUCAUAUCAACAUGGAAAUAAAACAAUAUACAUGGCUACCACUAAGAUGGAACCCACACAUGCCAGAAAAGCUUUUCCCUGUUUUGACGAGCCCAAUAUGAAAGCAAAGUUCAAAAUAACUUUAGUAAGGAAACCGGCACUUGUUUCGUUAUCAAAUAUGCCGGUGGAAACCAAGGGAAAUGCUUGGAGAGAUGGCUAUGUUGCUGAUGUGUACCAGGAAUCCCCCGUUAUGUCUACCUACCUGGUCGCUAUGAUUGUUUGUGAUUUCCAAAGUACUUCUAAUGUCACUAAGAACAACGUCACGUAUAAUGCCUGGGCCACUCCAGAGAAAAUUAACCAGGCUAGUUUCGCUCUGGACGUUGGAAUCUCAACGUUGAAUUUAUACGAAGAUUUCUUUGGAAUCAGGUUCCCACUUCCCAAACAAGAUAUGAUCGCCAUCCCUGAUUUCGCGGCCGGUGCCAUGGAGAACUGGGGACUAAUUACGUACAGGGAGACAGCCAUGUUGUAUGAACCAGGCGUGUCGUCAGAGUCCAACAAACAACGCGUCACCACCGUUAUCACGCACGAGCUUGCUCACCAGUGGUUUGGAAACCUGGUGACCUUGGAUUGGUGGGAUGACCUCUGGCUCAAUGAAGGGUUCGCGACCUUUGUGGAAUACUUUGGAGCCGACCAUAAAUUUCCCGACUGGAAAUAUUUUGAAAUUUUUGCUGUCGAUGAACUUCAAGACGCCUUUGAAUCCGACGCGCUCGUGACGUCACAUCCGAUGUUUGCAGCUGUUUACAAUCCAACUCAAAUAAGAGAAGUGUUUGAUUCUAUAUCGUAUUCAAAGGGAGCCAGCAUAAUACGAAUGAUGAAGUUCUUUGUCGGUGACGAUGUCUUCCAAAAGGGGAUACAGAGGUACUUAAACAGUAGAAUAUAUCAAAAUGCUGUACAUGACGAUCUAUGGAUGUCAAUGGCGAACGUAUCCUCGCUGGGGUCAGCGGUCAAGGAUAUUAUGGACACAUGGACGCUCCAGAUGAACUACCCCGUAGUUACCAUGAGUAGAGUGAACAAUACGGCAAUCGCCGUGUCCCAGAAGCGAUUCCUGACCAGCCCCAACGCCACCGAUCCCAUGAGAUUUAUUUCUCCUUUUAACUACAAGUGGAAGAUACCACUGACAGUGACUAACAAGGCCAAUCCAAACUUUAACCAGUCUAGUACCGACGUCCUGUGGUUUAACGACAAACAGGCUCAGGUACACAUUACUGGACAUGAGAUCAAAGUUGGCGAAUGGUUCCUGGGAAAUGUCCAACAGUUUGGCUAUUACCGAGUAAACUACGACCAGUCAAACUGGAAUGCACUUAUCAAACAGCUAAACACCAGCCACACGGUCAUUCAUACUAUCAAUAGAGGACAAAUCAUCAACGAUGCAUGGAGUUUGUCAAAGGCAGGAGAAUUGGAUUUCUUGACAGCUCUUCAGACAAUUGAAUACCUGGAGAAUGAACAGGAAUACGCCCCCUGGCGGGCUGCUUCGAAUCAGUUUUCCUACGUAUCAAAAAUGCUUAUGAUGUCUAGUGUCUACGGGAAGUAUGAAAACGUUAUGAAGACACUUGUUACUAAACCGUUCCAAACCAUAGGAAUGAACGCUACCACUACUGAAGGUCAUACGAGAAAAAUGCUUCGUAUUUUGCUGACCGGUCUAGCGUGUAGGUAUAACGUGGAGUCUUGUGUCAGCACGGCCAAAACCUUGUUUAAAGCAUGGAUGGACAAUAGCCAGGAUAACACGAUAGACCCUGAUAUCAAGCAGGCAGUGUACUGUACGGCUAUCGCGGAAGGUGGAGCGGAGGAAUGGGACUUCCUGAAUAGCCAGUACAAGACGAGCAACAACGCUGCCGAGAAGAAGCGCAUCCUCUACUCGCUGUCGUGCACUAAGAAAGCGUGGAUACUAAGCAAGUACCUGUCCCUCAGUUUGGACCCCAAACAGAUCCGGAAACAGGACAUAGUGUCCGUGAUAUCGUAUGUUGCCGGGCAAUCAGCAGGCCGGGACCUUACCUGGAACUUUAUCAGUGCUAAAUGGGACUACCUUAUUGGAGAAUUUGGACAGGCGCAGUUUUCUUUUGCAAAUAUUAUAAAGGGGAUAACGCGAUCAUUUAACACCGAAUUCAACAUGGAUCAGCUGCUACAAUUCAAGAGGAAUCAUCCAGAAAUGAGUUCUGGCGCGCAAGCUUUCAAACAAGCUCUGGAGAAAACGGAGGCAAAUAUCCGGUGGAUGAAUGAAAAUUUGAACGUUAUCAGUGAUUGGUUGAAUUCUAGAGUCAAGGCCAGAUAAUAUCAUAUAUAGUAAUAUAUAGAGUGCUUCAUGUUUCUUUAUCAUAUAAUGUGGGUCAAUGACACUGGGUAUGGUAUGGUAUAGAAAGGCUCCAUAUCUAUCAUAUAUUUACUUAAGAGGGUGUCCUGAUAAUGAAUAAAGCGUUGUAAACGUGGCAGUUGAUUAAGCAUUGAAAGCGAAUUGAUGUGUGAAUUAAGCAAAUAAUAUCCUGUAAAUAGUAAAUAUGUUAUAAAAAGCUGAAUCAUUAUAAAUAAAUCUGUACUUUCCGUCUUUAAACUAAAAAAAAA